AUGUCCACCACCCACUUACUAAAGCACACUUCAGCUACAGCAGCCUCUACUGCAACUGCCCAAAAUGCACAAACUCCAUUUCCCAGGGGACCCCUGGGCUCUAAGGACCAGAUCAGGGUCCUUGGUGGUGGUCAGACCAAUCACUGCAUGGCCCACGCCAAGCACCCCAGGAUGGGCGAGGUGGGCACCAGCACUGCCAGCCUCAGCCCCUGCGCCCCCUCGUCACCCCUCAACAGCGAGGAGGAUGAUGGAGGGGGCGGGCGGUGGGCGAAGAAGAAGAAACGAAAGAAAAAAGACAAGCGGGGCGAGCCUGGCGGUGCCUGGCAGCACAAGGGCUUGGAGAGGGACAUGAAACCAAAGAAAAAGAGGGAGCAGAAAGCAGGGAAGGAGCUGCUACUGUGCAAUUCCAAGGAGCCCAGGAAGGUGAAGGAGGUCAAGGUGAAGGCACCAAAAGAGGUGAAGAGAGGGCGAAAACCCAAGGUGCAGGCCCUGCUCCAUCCCCCUGCAGAAUGCAAGAGCGCCCCCUCUCCUCCCAGACAGAGGGGCUGCAAACCCAGGUGAGGGGCUUUUAAUCACUAGUGCGUUCACUCUGUUUCUUGAAUGGUGGGUCGCAACCAGGUUCUCUUGGGUGGUUAGCGGUUAAAAACUUGGUUGUAUUUAGUUCAAGACAUGGUUGUGUUUGUCUAGUGGGGCAUAAUACCAUUAAAUUAAUUUAGGUGGGUUACAACUCAAGUCAGAACUACUGUUGUUACUCUGCUUUAACUCUUCUCCUUAGGCCUAACAAAGUUGAUUUACUGUUUAACAGAUCCCCUGCUUACUUUCUAAUAAAAAUAAAAAAAAUAAACGAUUCUUAUGAAACUAUUCUUUUUGACGAAAUGACCGAUUUACUUCGCCAUUGUAGUAGUUGGGAUUUGGUUCAAUCAUGGUGAAUCAUUUGUGAAUUGUAAACAGGAAUUUAACGUUUUUUUUCUUUUUUCUCUUGCCUUUUGGAUUAUGUGGCUGCAAAACUUGUUUUGUAGAUACUUCAAGUUGAUUUGGGUAUUCAAUUUGUGAGACAUUGCAACUCCAUAUGACUAAACUAGGAAAGGCACAUUUUCCUGAAGAAAAUGUGUGUGCUUGCUUAAUCUGUCUGAAAAGAUUUGUAUAGGUUCUUUACCUACAAAACAGACUGUUGGCUUAGAUUGUUAAUAUGUAAGCUAUGUUUAAUCGCCAAUAUUUAUUAAAAACAUAAAUACAUUUUGCACAAUGAGCACUUGUCUCUCAAAUACAUUGUUAGUUGUUGGUUAACUAGCUAGCAAACUUUAGCCAUAUUAGCAUUGACAUGAAAUUUUACAUUUACAUCAUUUAGCAGACGCUCUUAUCCAGAGCGACUUACAAAUUGGUGAAAUCAGCCAAAACACCUCAAAACAAGACAUGGUAUCAAGAACAAGAUGAAACUAGCUGAAACAAGUCAUUUACGAUUCCCCACAUGGCAGUUUCUUGCCGUUGUUGGUAACUAUCUGGCCAUCCAGAAUCACAACUCUCGUACUUCUACCCCAUUGAAGCGUGCACAUCGUUUUCGUGACGUUGUCAGCUAACCCAUCUAUUGUAGUGGGAGAUGUGUUAACACUGAUGCGUACGAGCACACAGGUGUGAUCAUUUUACAGUGUUCGCUACAGCGUAUGCGCAAACCGGUCUGAUUAGAACGUCUAGUUAUGAUCGCCGCAAUAGUCAGCGUUUGAAAAAUAUUUUUACGAACAGUCUUUACAACUUUUGUCCUCAAUGUAAGCAGUUUAUUUUUGGAUGCAGAUGUUCAGACUUUCACAGAAGUAUCAACAGCAUAACGCUGUUGUCAUCCAAAUCGAAACUGUAGGCUACGUUAGUCCUUGUGCUAACUGAGGAAAGACUGCGCUAACACAAGCGGUCAUAUUUAGCUAGCUGUCGGCUGACAGAAACCAUAAUAUAGUCCCGUGUAGCUCAGUUGGUAGAGCAUGGCGCUUGCAACGCCAGGGUUGUGGGUUCGUUUCCCACGGGGGACCAGAAUGAAAAAUUGUAUGCACUCACUAACUGCAAGUCGCUCUGGAUAAGAGCGUCUGCUAAAUUACUAAAAUGUAAAUAAUAUGAAUUGGAUAAUAGCAAUUACUAUACUAAGUAUAAACACAACAUGCAACUAUUUUACUGAGUGGCAGUUCAUAUUCAAGGAAAUCAGUCAAUUGAAAUAUAUUCAUUAGGCCCUAAUCUAUAGAUUUCACAUGACUGGGCAGGUGCGCAGCCAUGGGUGGGCCUGGGAGGGCAUAGGACCAGCCACUUGGGAGCCAGGCACACACACUGGAGAGCCAGGCCCAGCCAAUCAGACUGAAUUUUUCCCCACGAAAGGGCUUUAUUUCAGACAGAAAUACUCCUCAGUUUCAUCAGCUGUACGGGUGGCUGGUCUCCUAUGAUCCCGCAGGUGAAGAAGCCGGGUGUGGAGGUCCUGGGCUGGCGUGGUUACACGUGGUUCUGAGGCCGGUUGCACGUACUGCCACAUUUUCUAAAAUGACGUUGGAGGUGGCUUAUGAACAUUAAAUUCUCUGGCAACAGCUCUGGUAGACAUUCGUGCAGCCAGCAUGCCAAUUGCACGCUCCCUCAACUUGAGACAUCUGUGGCAUUGUGUUGUGUUACAAAACUACACAUUUUAGUGGCCUUUUAUUGUCCCCAGCACAAGGUGCACCUGUGUAAUGAUCAUGCUGUUUAAUCAGCUUCUUGAUAUGCCACGCCUGUCAGGUGGAUGGAUUAUCUUGGCAAAGGAGAAAUGCUCACUAACAGGGAUGUAAAGAAAUUUGUGCACAAAAUUUGAGAAAAAUAAUGUUUUUUGUGCCUAUAAAAAUUUCAGGGAUCUUUUUAUUUCAGCUCAUGAAACAUGGAACCAACACUUUACGUGUUGCGUUUUAUAUUUUUGUUCAGUUUAUUUACAAUUUAUCAUGGGUAAGCUCACCAGUGAUCGAAAUAAUUGAGAAACACUUUUUUAAAGUUGAAAGUAAUUCGACAGUGGGUAGAGUUUGUGCGCCCCGCCAUGUUUGUUUUAACCGUGUCAACCAAAGAUAAGAGUUAUUUCUGUGAAAUCUCAUUCCUUUUCCAUUUUAGUAGAUGCUCUUAUCCAGAGCAACUUACAGUAGUGAGUGCAUACAUUUUCAUACUUUUUCGUACUGGACCCCCAUUGGAAUCAAACCCACAACCCUAGCAUUGCAAGCGCCAUGCUCUACAAACUGAGUGACAUCACAAACCACUUGAUGCCUCAAUGUACUCAAUUACUGUAUUUUGCAUUGUUUUUCUUCAUGGUGGUGGAAAGUCUACAUGUACAAACCUAGAUGACAGCCUAUGUACAAUACAGUAAUGUACAUGUACAUUAAGUGGUUUGUAAGGAAGGUAAAUUAAUACUGCACAAAGUGGUUAUUUGAUAAAGAAAAAUAUUUAAUGUGGAUGUUUUGUGUCUUUGCCAGUAACUUUUUGCAAAUGUUUUAUGUAAAUAUAGCAGAGAAAGGGACAGGGCAACAACUCUUACAAUUCCAACUAAUGAAUCCUGUGAGAUACUGUUCUUAAUUAUACAGCUACCUUUUUUGCCAAAGUGGAGAUGCUGAUAAAAAUGUUUUCCUUGCGCUACAGAAGUCUAAAUCGUCUGCUAAUACUAGUAAAGGCCCAGUGCACUACUUUUGUGAAAGAAAAAAUAAAUAUAUUUUCAAAAUAUAUAUUUGUUUAAAUUCAGAUUUUUUAGGGGGUGCUACAGCACCCCUACUUCCCGCGGCUAUGAUCUCUUCACCUCGUUUUAUUACAUCUUUUGUCUGACAGACGUUUGCGUGACACCCAUAAUGUAUUGAAUGAUGUCAACAAACAUGGUUCCACUCAUAGCCGGUAAUUAGCUUAGCAUUAGCUCAUCAUAGUAAGUACAACCUUCAAAAAAGUAUUUUACACACAUCAUAGGUGUCGAUUACACACUAUGCAAGAAUUGGAUUGCAUGAUUUGUCACCAGUACUUGAAAAAUGUGAAUAAAACAGUAAAUAGGGAAAUUAUUACCACGCAAACCAUUUUCUGAUGGUGAUUUGUUGAUACAAGUGGCCCGUGCCUGUGUUAUGAUACUGAUGAUUUGUCGCCACAGAUGGUUUGUUUACGUUUGUACCGUUGCAGCACUUAUCUAGUGGUCGCGUCGGGGACAACAGUUGUUGACAACCGUAGCUAACCCUUUUCCUAACCUUAACCUCGUUCUCCUAACCUACCGCGCUAGUUCUCCUAACCUGCUAUGUAAACAAACCACCUGUGGCGACAAAUCAUCAGUAUCACCACACCGGCAGCCUAUCACAUCACCCCUGACACUCACUCGGCGCCAUUGAGUGUUGUUGUUUGUGUGUAGCUAGUGGGCUAAGCUGUAGCAUUAGCAAUGUCUUUCUCAAAUGUGGAAAUUCUGGAGAUGUAGGUAAAUUCUGAGUAGGAAAGUGAGGAAUCAGAUUCUGACAGUGAGGAGCUGCCCCCCAACCUUGUGGCCAUUGAGAACCCUAAAUCUGAGGACCGCUUGCCCACAGACAGUCCCAGGUCCCUCUGAAGAUGGUGAUGGAGACAGACCAACACUGGGUGAAGAACAAGAGUUCAUUUCACCCCUCCUGGCCCUGCUGUUGUCUGAGUCCCAGUCUGGAGUGCAAAGGCCAUUGCCAUCUCCCUUUGAGGCAGAGUGCUUCAUGCUGUUUUUGACAGAGGCGCAGGUGGGAGACAUAGUGGAGGAGACCAAUCGCUAUGCCUUGGAGCUGCAGGAGAAGAGGGGGCCACAGGGAAGGUGUGUGCUUGACUAUAAUCACAAAAUGGGGGCAGUGGAUAAGACGGACAUGAUAAACAACUUUGUGGCAUGCGUUCAGAAAACCAAAUGGUAUAAGAAUAUAUUUUUCCAUCUGAUCGACCCUGCUGUCCUCAAUGGCCACAGUUCACUGCCAGCUAACAAGUGAGAUGAUUAAUGAACAAGGUUAUUUUGUAAUUGGACAUACAAAUCACAUACAGUUCCAUUUUGCUAUUAUUUUGACUAUCUCACCCUCCUCCCCACUCCCUCAUCAUCCUCUCCCCUCAUCCUCUCCCUCCUCCAUAGGUUAGGUGAUUACCUAUCAAAAGUACAGGGAUAACCUUGUUAGAGAGCUGCUGGAAGAGCACCACACCCCUCGGCAUCCAUCCAAAUCAAAUUUCAUUGGGCGCGUACACAUAAACUCAGCAUAAAAAGAAACGUCCUCUCACUGUCAACUGCGUUUAUUUUCAGCAAACGUAACGUGUAAAUAUUUGUAUGAACAUAACAAGAUUCAACAACUGAGACAUAACCUGAACAAGUUCCACAGACAUGUGACUAACAGAAAUUGAAUAAUGUGUCCCUGAACAAAGUGGGGAUCAAAAUCAAAAGUAACAGUCAGUAUCUGGUGUGGCCACCAGCUGCAUUAAGAACUGCAGUGCAUCUCCUCCUCAUGGACUGCACCAGAUUUGCCAGUUCUUGCUGUGAGAUGUUACCCCACUUCCACCAAGGCACCUGCAAGUUCCCGGACAUUUCUGGGGGGAAUGGCCCUAGCCCUCACCGUCUGAUCCAAUAGGUCCCAGAUGUGCUCAAUGGGAUUGCGAUCCGGGCUCUUCGCUGGCCAUGGCAGAACACUGACAUUCCUGUCUUGCAGGAAAUCAAGCACAGAACGAGCAGUAUGGCUGGUAGCAUUGUCAUGUUGGAGGGUCAUGUCAGGAUGAGCCUGCAGGAAGGGUACCACAUGAGGGAGGAGGAUGUCUUCCCUGUAACGCACAGCGUUGAGAUUGCCUGCAAUGACAACAAGCUCAGUCCGAUGAUGCUGUGACACACCGCCCCAGACCAUGACGGAGCCUCCACCUCCAAAUCGAUCCCGCUCCAGAGUACAGGCCUCAGUGUAACACUCAUUCCUUCAACGAUAAAUGCGAAUCCAACCAUCACCCCCGGUGAGACAAAACCGCGACUCGUCAGUGAAGAGCACUUUUUUGCCAGUCCUGUCUGGUCCAGCGACGGUGGGUUUGUGCCCAUAGGCAACGUUGUUGUCGGUGAUGUCUGGUCAGGACCUGCCUUACAACCGGCCUACAAGCCCUCAGUCCAGCCUCUCUCAGACUAUUGCGGACAGUCUGAGCACUGAUGGAGGGAUUGUGCGUUCCUGGUGUAAGUCGGGCAGUUGUUGUUGCCAUCCUGUACCUGUCCCGCAGGUGUGAUGUUUGGAUGUACCGAUCCUGUGCAGGUGUUGUUACACAUGGUCUGCCACUGCGAGGACGAUUGGCUCUCCGUCCUGUCUCCCUGUAGUGCUGUCUUAGGUGCUCACAGUACGGACUUUGCAAUUUAUUGCCCUGGCCACAUCUGCAGUCUUCAUGCCUCCUUGCAGCAUGCCUAAGGCACGUUCACGCAGAUGAGCACGGACCCUGGGCAUAUUUCAUUAGGUGGUUUUCAGAGUCAUUAGAAAGGCUUCUUUAGUCUCCUAAGUUUUCAUAACUGUGACCUUAAUUGCCUACCGUCUGUAAGCUGUUAGUGUCUUAACGACCGUUCCACAGGUGCAUGUUCAUGAAUUGUUUAUGGUUCAUUGAACAAGCAUGGGAAACAUUGGUUAAACACUUUACAAUGAAGAUCUGUGAAGUUAUUUGGAUUUUUACGAAUGAUCUUUGAAAGACAGGGUCCUGAAAGAGGGACGUUUCUUUUUUUGCUGAGUUUAUUUUGCAGAUGUUAUCGUGGGUGUAGCGAAAUGCUAAUGUUCUUGUUAUCCACUGGGGGCUGUCGUGCUGCAGGUAAUCCCAUGCAUGGCAUUUUCCCUCCAAAGUCCAUAGAACUGCUGCUCAAGGCAGUCGCACACUGAGGCACUGUAAAAUCUGCCUGUCCAGCACCAGGAGAAGGAAGCAGAGGAGGUUGACAAGGUACAUGCGUGUGCAUUGUGAAACAUCCCUGUGUUACACCAUGCUUUGGGGAGUACCAUACACUCAAGCACGAUUUAGCACAUCUGCAGCAUACAUACAGGUUACCUGCCAGCAUACUAUGAUUUAGGGGUGGGGGAUGGGAAUGCAGUUUUUGUUCAACCACUACAUGGCUAUUGUAAUAUGGGUUAUGCAUACUUAUAAUUAAAUGACCACUGUCAUUGUCUUUUCUUGCUGUUCUUUCCUGUAAGGGAGUGCAAGUUCAAACAGUAUGUUGCUAGCAUUCAAAAGCUGGCCUCAAUCUUCGGCAAGAAAGAUGUCUAGUUACAGUUAUGACAUAAUAGUUCCUCUUGUGUCAGCGCUUAUAAUGGUAUACACAGAAUACAUUAUGCUCCAUACUGUGUGCUACUGUUGAAACAACACGAUAUACAGAAACUGUAUUAUGAUAAGGUAAUAAGGUACUUACCGGUACUUUGAUAGGAAUGCACACAUUUCCAAAGGUAUUAUUAGUAAGGAAAACAACAAUGAAGGCAAUGCGGGCGCCAGCGGGAAAAUGCGCCAGGGGGAAAAAGUUCGGGCAGGUUCUGUUGUGACAGGAGAGGCACAAAUGUCUGCAUACUUGACCUGGGGAAACACUGGGGGAGUUUGUCCAGCUCAUCUGGCUAAUCCUUACCUUACCUUACAUUAGCAUAGCAUGCCUGAAACGUAAAUUGUCCGCCACCAUGAAAUGGGCUACUUCUAUGUGAAUUAAUGAGGAGGCGAAGCGCACCUCAUUUCAAACUGUUUGAAAAUAAAACUGUUGAUUUGAACAUAAUUUGAAAUUGACAAGUUAAAACAUACACGGAACAAAAAUAUAAAUGAAACAUGCAACAGUUUCAAAGAUUUUACUGAGUUACGGUUUAUAAGGAAAUCAGUAAAUUUUUUUAUAAAUUCAUUAGGCCCUAAUCUAUGGAUUUCACAUGACUGGGAAUACAGCACAGGAGGUUGGUGGCACCGUCAUUGGGGAGGACGGGCUCGUGGUAAUGCAUGGAGCGGAAUACCUGAAAUGGUAUCAAAUACAUCAACAUGGUUUCCAUGUGUUUGAUGCCAUUCCAUUUGCUCCGUUCCAGACAUUAUUUUGAGCCGUCCUCCCCUCGGCAGCCUACACUGGAAUAUAGAUAGGCAUCUGUUGGUCACAGAUACCUUAAGGUAGGGGCGUGGGUCAGAAAACUAGUCAGUAUCUAGUGUGACCACUAUUUUGCCUCAUGCAGUGGACACCUCUCCUUCGCAUAGAGUUGAUCAGGUUGAUUGUGGCCUGUGGAAUGUUGUCCCACUCCUCUUCAAUGGCUGUGCGAAGAAGCUGGAUAUUGGCGGGAACUAAGAAAAUGCUGUCGUACACAUCGAUCCAGAGCAUCUCAAACAUGCUCUAUGGGUGACCUGUCUGGUGAGUAUGCAGGCCAUGGAAGAACUGGCACAUUUUCAGCUUCCAGGAAUUGUGUACAGAUCCUUGUCACAUGGUGCCGUGCAUGAUCAUGCUGAAACGUGACGGGGCAAAUAAAUGGCACGACAAUUGGCCUCAGGAUUUCGUCACGGUAUCUCAGUGCAUUUUAAAUUGCCAUCGAUUAAAAUGCAAUUGUGUUCGUUGUCCGUAGCUUAUGCCUGCCCAUACCAUAACCCCACCACCACCACCAAGGGGCGCUCUGUUCACAAUGUGGACAUCAGCAAACCGCUUGCCCACACGAUGCCAUACACGCUGUCUGCCAUCUGCCUGGUACAGUUGAAACCUGGAUUAAUCUGUGAGGAGCACACUUCUCCAGUGUGCCAGUGACCAUCCGAAGGUGAGCAUUUGCCAACUGAAGCCGACUACGACGCUGAACUGCAGUUAGGUCAAGACCCUGGUGAGGAUGACGAGCAUGCAGAUGAGCUUCCCUGAGACGGUUUCUGACAGUUUGUGCAGUAAUUCUUCGGUUGUGCAAAACCACAGUUUCAUCAGCUGUACGGGUGGCUGGUGUCAGACGAUCCCACAGGUGAAGAAGCUGGAUGUGAAGGUCCUGGGCUAGUGUGGUUACACGUGGUCUGCGGUUGUGAGGCCGGUUGGACAUACUGCCAAAUUCUCUAAAACAAAGUUGGCGGCGGCUUAUGGUAGAGAAAUGAAUAUUCAAUUCUCUGACAACAGCUCUGGUGGACAUUCAUGCAGUCAGCAUGCCAAUUGCACACUCCCUCAACUUGAGACAUCUGUGGUGUUGUGACAAAACUGCACAUUUUAGUGGCCUUUUAUUGUCCCCAGCACAAGGGGCACCUGUGUAAUGAUCAUGCUGUUUAAUCAGCUUCUUGAUAUGCUACACCAGGUGGAUGGAUUAUAUUGGCAAAGGAGAAAUGUUCACUAACGGAUGUAAACAAAUUUGGUGCAAAACAUUUGAGCGUAAUAAGCAUUUUGUGCGUAUGGAACAUUUCUGGGAUCUUUUAUUUCAACUCAUGGAACAUGGGACCAACACUUUACAUGUUGCGUUUUAUAUUUUUGUACAGUGUAGGUAAUUAGCAAGUAGCAUGCCUUGGUUUUAGGGCAGCGCGGGUUAACUGUCCUAUUGCGUAACAAUACAAUUUUGGCAUUGCACGCAUUUAAAAAAAAAAAAAUCACACUUGGGGGACUGUUAGAGCUAUUUUGAACGUGAAAAGGUUAAAUGUAGAAUUCAAGCUAAAUAGAAGCUGAAGCAGUUUAUAGUCAGAAUAGGUUUUGAUUACUUUAGACUACUAUAUAUUUAAUCCUAGCACAUCUAUUAUAAAAAAUGGCAGAAUAUGCCUCUAAAAAAUUAACUGUGCCUAAAACUCAGCUUGGACACGCUUUCAAUGGUGCUAUCCAACUCCUGACACCAAUGUAGUUCAUUAGGGGUGUACCCUGACCAGGACUCAAACUGUGGUCCCUGUGACUGUCAUUCUAAAAUCUCUUGGUAAGGUUUUGUACUAAGGUUGGGGUAAAAAAAAAGUAUAUAUAUUCGCUCACUCGCCUUACUUUUCAAAAAAUGAAAUCCGUUAAACAGUAAAUCAACUUUGUAUGGUUUUAGUUAAUGUUUAGAUUUUUCCCCAAAGUUGAGAUUUCCCAAGUUGCACCAUGUCCGUGAACCUUUUGUGUUAGGGGAUGUAGGUUGAUGAUAUUUGUCCGGUGCUAAUAUUUAGCAAAAUUCUGUGGUUUGGCAUUUCUGGAGCAGAGUGGGAGGCAUUUUUCUGAUCGCUCUGCAGGACAGGUGGAUUUGAGAUAUGAGAACUGUGGGGAACCUUUUUAAACCUCUGUACUCUCAUCUGCACUCAAAUUUUUGUUGUUGUUGAAAAUUAACAUUGCCAUGAAAAAAGCAUUGCCUACUUACAGUGCAUUUGGAAAGUAUUCAGACCCGUUGACUUUUUCCACAUUUUGUUAUGUUACAGCCUUAUUCUAAAGUUGAUUUAAAUUAUUUUUUUCAAUCAAUUUACACGCAAUACCCCAUAAUGACAAAGUGAAAAUAGGUUUGUAGAAAUGUUUGCUAAUAAUACAUAAGUAUUCAGACCCGUUGCUAUGUGACUCGAAAUUGCGCUCCGGUGCAUCCGGUUUCCAUUGAUCACCCUUGAUGUUUCUAAAACUUGAUUGGAGUCCACCUUUGGUAAAUUCAAUUGAUUGGACAUGAUUUGGAAAGGCACACACCUGUCUUUAUAAGGUCCCACAGUUGACAGUGCAUGUCAGAGCAAAAACCAAGCCAUGAGGUUUAAGGAAUUAUCCGUAGAGCUCCAAGACCAGAUUGUGUCGAGGCACAGAUCUUGGGAAGUUUACUAACACAGUGGCCUCCAUCAUUCUUAAAUGGAAGAAGUUUGGAACCACCAAGACUCUUCCUAGAGCUGGCCGCCCGGCCAAACUGAGAAAUCGGGGGAGAAGGGCUUUGACCAAGAACCCAAUGGUCACUCUGACAGCGCUCCAGAGUUCCUCUGUGGAGAUGGGAGAACCUUCCAGAAGGACAAACAUCUCUGCAGCACUCCACCAAUCAGGCCUUCAUGGUAGAGUGGACAGACGGAAGCCAGUCCUCAGUAAAAGGCACAUGAAAUCCCACUUGGAGUUUGCCAAAAGGCACCUAAAGGACUCUCAGACCAUGAGAAACAAGAUUCUCUGGUCUGAUGAAACCAAGAUUGAACUCUUUGGCCUGAAUGCCAAAUGUCAAGUCUGGAGGAAACCUGGCACCAUCCCUACGCUGAAGUAUGGUGGUGGCAGCAUGAACGGAGCAAAGUACAGAGAGAUCCUUGAUGAAAACCUGCUCCAGAGCGCUCAGGACCUCAUACUGGGGCGAAGGUUCACCUUCCAACAGGACAACGACUCUAAUCACACAGCCAAGACAACGCAGGAGUGACUUAGAGACAAGUCUCUGAAUGUCCUUGAGUGGCCCAGCCAGAGCCCGGACUUGAACCCGCUCCAACAUCUCUGGAGAGAUCUGAAAAUAGUUGUGCAGCGACGCUCCCCAUCCAACCUGACAGAGCUUGAGAGGAUCUGCAGAACAGAAUGGGAGAAACUCCCCAAUAACAGGUGUGCCAAGCAUGUAGCGUCAUUCCCAUGAAGACUCGAGGCUGUAAUCGCUGCCAAAGGUGCUUCAACAAAGUACUGAGUAAAGGGUCUGAAUACUUAUGUAAAUGUGAUAUUUAAGUUUAUUUUUAAUACACUUGCCAAAAUGUCAACCUGUUUUUGCUUUGUCAUUAUGGGGUGUUGUGUGAGGGGGGGGGGGGAAUAAAACAAUUGAUACAAUUUGAGAAUAAGGCUGUGACGUAACAAUGUGGGAAAAGUCAAGGGGUCUGAAUUGUUUCCGAAUGCACUGUAUCUAGCUUUUGUAUUCUCUGUUAUUAUACCUGCCGAGAUGUGAGGUGGCGAUAAACACACAUUGCCGGCGUGUGACCCCUCUGGUCAGUUGUCACUCCCUGGUGGACUUCAAUUUCUAUAGUGCCAACCCUGCUGUGUCUCUACAGAGCGCAAGUCCUCCAAGGGCCGGUCCCAGUGGAGAAGAAGAAAAAGGGUAAGCGGAAAAGCGAGGCAGUCCUCCAGACGGCUGGGGAGACUGACAAUGUGGCCUUCCUGUCCGCGCUGGCCAUGGGCGGAGAGGAGAGCAUCGAUCCCCUCGACAACACGGUGAGAAACUGACAGGUUGGGGCAAGAGUAGGAUCGGCUGAGUGACACUUACUUCUCUAAAACCUCACCCUUAAAGCCUCCUUGCAGUCUUUUUUUAAAUAUUUAGUUUUUUUAAAUCACUGUUUAUUUCAUGAAAAUAACUAUUUUUGUCAUUUAUUUCCCUGAGCCUCUUUGCCAUUGAAAUGCUUAGUCUGAUCUUGUGGGUGUGUUGAUACAAAUGUUUUAUAUAUUUACAUACAUAGCCCUGAUUGGCAGAUAGGAUCGUCUAGACUCUAGAGCUUACCACUUCAAAGUAUUAGCCAUCCCAGCCCAUGGUUUGUUGACAAAUAUUUUUUGCCUAUAUGUUGUUUAUUGUAUUUGAGUUAGUAUUGCCAUUUUUAAAAAUUUAAAUUGUACUCACAAUAACUUAGGUGUCCAAACUUUUGACUGGUACUGUGUGUGUGUGUGUGUGUGUGUGUGUGUGUGUGUGUGUGUGUGUGUGUGUAAAAUUUGUAUAUAUACAGUGGGGAGGACAAGUAUUUGAUACACUGCCGAUUUUGAGGAGUGGGACAAAAUCCCUCCUGAGAUGUGUGCAAACCUGGUGGCCAACUACAAGAAACAUCUGACCUCUGUGAUUGCCAACAAGGGUUUUGCCACCAAGUACUAAGUCAUGUUUUGCAGAGGGGUCAAAUACUUAUUUCCCUCCAUUAAAAUGCAAAUCAAUUUAUAACAUUUUUGACAUGCGUUUUUCUGGAUUUGUUUGUUGUUAUUCUGUCUCACUGUUCAAAUUAACCUACCAUUAAAAUUAUACACUGAUCAUGUCUUUGUCAGUGGGCAAACGUACAAAAUCAGCAGGGGAUCAAAUACCUUUUUCCCUCACUGUACUUUAUGACUGGAGACUAGGGUUGUCACUGACCAGACGACUCUUGGUCGGCCAAGAUUAUUAUUAUUUUGUGUCGUUGACAGCCCUAUUUUUCCAUUAUAUAGACACAUCCUAUGCAUUUUAAUCAAAUCAACUAUAUGCACUGAGCUUGUCUGAUGCUUUAAGCGAACUGUUUAAAAUAAUUAAGACACACAAAGUCCGACCGCAAUUGAUUUGAUUGUGCCGCCUGGCGCAGACUUGCUACAAAAAAACAAAGACAGUGAGUGACUGUGACUAGCACCCGUUGUCUCCCUCUCUCCUCCCUGCUGCAGCGACCACCAUACAUCAACAGUGUGUAUAGCGCUGUCCGUGUUGCUGAAGCUGACUGAAAAGUUAUGUUACCGAAAUCCCUAAUUUAAGAAAACGUUCCCUCAACCCUUGCUCUCUUUAUGUGACAAGUAUGCUUUGCAUGCACGUGACCAAUGGGGCCUAACCUAUAGCAUAUCAUAAUCACAUCAAUAAAUUGGUUAUGACAAACUCUAAACACCGUAACAUGUGACAGAAAAAUGGAUGCAGAGGGCAUGACGAAUAACUUCGAAAUGGGGGAAUGUUGACUGGUUGUGCAGGAGGUAAAGGGGAAGUCAGAUGUGUGGAAUAAAUUUGACUAGUACUGGAGGUCAAGAAAAAUAAGGUAUGGAGCAAGCAACGCUCUGUGCAUAUUAGGCCUAUGUGUGCUGUUCGACUGUUCCAAAUGGUCAGACAUUUAUUGUAAACACGAAAUAAAUUAUAAGCCUACCAGAGAGUCUUGUAAUGUUGUUUUUGUAAAGUCUUUAUUACAGCAAAGACUAAAAACAGUCGCAUACAUUUGUGAAUGCAAUUUCCAAAAUUGAACGUUUUAGGCCUAUUUAUUGUUUACGCUAAUUAUUCAAUGGUCACUUUAUUUUAAAACUAAAAUGCUUGAUUGCAUUUCCCAUCAUGAAUGACUCGUAUGCUGUGUGAAGACAUGAACAAAUAAAUUGUUGAUUGAUACAGUAGCCUGUAUAGUAUUGAAAUAUAGACCUACAGUGCCUUGCAAAAGUAUUCAUCCCCCUUGGCGUUUUUCCUAUUUUGUUGCAUUACAACCUGUAAUUAUUUUGAUUUCGUGUAAUGGACAUACACAAAAUAGUCCAAAUUGGUGAAGUGAAAUGAAAAAAAAUUACUUGUUUCAAAACAUUCUAAAAAAUAAAUAAUGGAAAAGUGGUGCGUGCAUAUGUAUUCACCCCCUUUGCUAUGAAGCCCCUAAAUAAGAUCUGGUGCAACCAAUUACCUUCAGAAGUCACACAAUUAGUUAAAUAAAGUCCACCUGUGUGCAAUCUGUUUCACAUGAUCUCAGUGUAUAUAUAUACACCUGUUCUGAAAGGCCCCAUGGUCUGCAAAACUGCUAAGCAAGAGGCACCACCAAGCAAGCGGCACCAUGAAGACCAAGGAGCUCUCUAAACAGGUCAGGGACAAAGUUGUGGAGAGGUAUAGAUCAGGGUUGGGUUAUAAAAAAAAUAUCUGAAACUUUGAACAUCCCACGGAGCACCAUUAAAUUCAUUAUUAAAAAAUGGAAAGAAUAUGCCACCACAACAAACCUGCCAAGAGAGGGCCGCUCACCAAAACUCACAGACCAGGCAAGGAGGGCAUUAAUCAGAGAGGCAGCAAAGAGACCAAAGAUAACCCUGAAGGAGCUGCAAAGCUCCACAGCGGAAAUGUGAGUAUCUGUCCAUAAUACCACUUUAAGCUAUACACUCCACAGAGCUAGGCUUUACGGAAGAGUGGCCAGAAAAAAGCCAUUGCUUAAAGAAAAAAAUACCAAAACACGUUUGGUUUUCGCCAAAAGGCAUGUGGGAGACUCCCCAGACAUAUGGAAGAAGGUACUCUGAUCAGAUGAGACAAAAAUUGAGCUUUUUUGGCCAUCAAGGAAAACGCUAUGUCUGGCGCAAACCCAACACUUCUCAUCACCCCGAGAACACCAUCCCCACAGCGAAGCAUGGUGGUGGCAGCAUCAUGCUGUGGAGAUGUUUUUUAUCAGCAGGGACUGGGAAACUAGUCAGAAUUGAAGGAAUGAUGGAUGACGCUAAAUACAGGGAAAUUCUUGAGGCGAAACCGGUUUCAGUCUUCCAGAGAUUUGAGACUGAGACGGAGGUUCACCUUCCAGCAGGACAAUGGCCCUAAGCAUACUGCUAAAGCAAUACUCGGGUGGUUUAAGGGGAAACAUUUAAAUGUCUUGGAAUGGCCUAGUCAAAGCCCAGACCUCAAUCCAAUUGAGAAUCUGUGGUAUGAAUUAAAGAUUGCUGUACACCAGCGGAACCCAUCCAACUUGAAGGAGCUGGAGCAGUUUUGCCUUGAAUGGGCAAAAAUCCCAUUGGCUAGAUGUGCCAAGCUUAUAGAGACAUACCCUAAGAGACUUGCAGCUGUAAUUGCUGCAAAAGGUGGCUCUACAAAGUAUUGACUUUGGGGGGGGGGGUGAAAACUUGAGCGUGCAUAACCAUUGUUUUUUUUGUCUUAUUUCUUGUUUGUUUCACAAGAAAAAAGAUGUUGCAUCUUCAAAGUUGUAGGCAUGUUGUGUAAAUCAAAUGAUGAAAACCCCCCAAAAAUCCAUUUUAAUUCCAGGUUGUAAGGCAACAAAAUAGGAAAAAUGCCAAGGGGGGUGAAUAUUUUCGCAAGCCACUGUAAGUAAGUUAUGGUAUUAAGACCUAAACAGGAUGCGCUCUUAGGCCUACAACUCGAUGGUGUUUGUACAAGGCUGCUAUACUAAGCCUACUAAUGAUAAUGACAUCACUUUUUAUUAUGAUGAUGAUGAUGAUGAUGAUGAUGAUGAUGAUGAUUAAUAAUGAGAUCAAGGAAAAAGGAUGGUUAUUAUUGUAAAAAUAUAAAUAUUUUGGCAAUUUGGAACAGUGUAAACAACACUAACUUAAUUAUAAAUAAUACCAGAGGGGCUGGUCUAAUGAAAAAAAGUGUAAAGCCUUUAUUACAGCAUUGCAAAGAUUUAAAAACAGCCACAUUUGUGAAGUUGUUUGAGGCUUGUUGCUGAUGGAAUCAGUAGGCUAUUAAACAAACACUCAAACAGGCAACCGAAGCAGGAUCUGUCUUAUUUCUAUAUACAGUUGAAGUCGAAGUUUACAUACACCUUAGCCAAAUACAUUUAAACUCAGUUUUUCAAAAUUCCUGACAUUUUAAUCCUUGUAAAAAUUCCAUGUCUUAGGUCAGUUAGGUUUACCACUUUAUUUUAAUGUGAAAUGUCAGAAUAAUUGUAGAGAGAAUGAUUUAUUUCAGCUUUUAUUUAUUUCAUCACAUUCCCAGUGGGUCAUAAGUUUACAUACACUCAAUUAGUAUUUGGUAUCAUUGCCUUUAAAUUGUUUAACUUGGGUCAAACGUUUCCGGUAGCCUUCCACAAGCUUCCCACAAUAAGUUGGGUGAAUUUUGGCCCAUUCCUCCUGACAGAGCUGGUGUAACUGAGUCAGGUUUGAGGCCUCCUUGCUCGCACAAGCUUUUUCAGUUCUGCCCACACAUUUUCUAUAGGAUUGAGGUCAGGGCUUUGUGAUUACCACUCCAAUACCUUGACUUUGUUGUCCUUAAGCCAUUUUGCCACAACUUUGGAAGUUUGCUUGAGGUCAUUGUCCAUUUGGAAGACCCAUUUGCGACCAAGCUUUAACUUCCUGACUGAUGUCUUGAGAUGUUGCUUCAAUAUAUCCAGAUUAUUUUCCUUCCUCAUGAUGCCAUCUAUUUUGUGAAGUGCACCAGACCCUCCUGCAGCAAAGCACCCCCACAGCAUGAUGCUGCCACCCCCGUGCUUCACGGUUGGGAUGGUGUUCUUCGGCUUGCAAGCGACCCCCUUUUUCCUCCAAACAUAACGAUGGUCAUCAUGGCCAAACAGUUCUGUUUUUGUUUCAUCAGACCAGAGGACAUUUCUUCAAAAAGUACGAUCUUUGUCCACAUGUGCAGUUGCAAACUGUAGUCUUGCUUUUUUAUGGCGGUUUUGGAGCAGUGGCUUCUUCCUUGCUGAGCGGCCUUUCAGGUUAUGUUGAUAUAGGACUCGUUUUACUGUGGAUAUAGAUAAUUAUGUACCUGUUUCCUCCAGCAUCUUCACAAGAUCCUUUGCUGUUGUUCUGGGAUUGAUUUGCACUUUUCGCACCAAAGUACGUUCAUCUCUAGGAGACCGAACACGUCUCCUUCCUGAGUGUUAUGAUGGCUGCGUGGUCACAUGUUGUUUAUACUUGCAUACUAUUGUUUGUACAGAUGAAUGUGUUACCUUCAGGCGAUUGGAAAUUGCUCCCAAGGAUGAACCAGACUUGUGGAGGUCUACAAUUAUUUUUCUGAUGUCUUGGCUGAUUUCUUUUGAUUUUCCCAUGAUGUCAAGCAAAGAGGCAUUGAGUUUGAAGGUAGUUCUUGAAAUACAUCCACAUGUACACAUCCAAUUGACUCAAAUGAUGUCAAUUAGCCUAUCAGGAGCUUCUAAAGCCAUGAAAUCCUUUUCUGGAAUUUUUGAAGCUGUUUAAAGGCACAGUCAACUUAGUGUAUGUAAACGUCUGACCCACUGGAAUUGUGAUACAGUGAAUUAUAAGUGAAAUAAUCUGUCUGUAAACAAUUGUUGGAAAAAUUACUUGUGUCAUGCACAAAGUAGAUGUCCUAACCGACUUGCAAAAACUAUAGUUUGUUAUAAUAUACACUGCUCAAAAAAAUAAAGGGAACACUUAAACAACACAAUGUAACUCCAAGUCAAUCACACUUCUGUGAAAUCCAACUGUCCUCUUAGGAAGCAACACUGAUUGACAAUAAAUUUCACAUGCUGUUGUGCAAAUGGAAUAGACAACAGGUGGAAAUGAUAGGCAAUUAGCAAGACACCCCCCAAUAACGGACUGGUUUUGCAGGUGGUGACCACAGACCACUUCUCAGUUCCUAUGCUUCCUGGCUGAUGUUUUGGUCACUUUUGAAUGCUGGCGGUGCUUUCACUCUAGUGGUAGCUUGAGACGGAGUCUACAACCCACACAAGUGGCUCAGGUAGUGCAGCUCAUCCAGGAUGGCACAUCAAUGCGAGCUGUGGCAAGAAGGUUUGCUGUGUCUGUCAGCGUAGUGUCCAGAGCAUGGAGGCGCUACCAGGAGACAGGCCAGUACAUCAGGAGACGUGGAGGAGGCCGUAGGAGGGCAACAACCCAGCAGCAGGACUGCUACCUCCGCCUUUGUGCAAGGAGGAGCAGGAGGAGCACUGCCAGAGCCCUGCAAAAUGACCUCCAGCAGGCCACAAAUGUGAAUGUGUCUGCUCAAACGGUCAGAAACAGACUCCAUGAGGGUGGUAUGAGGGCCCGACGUCCACAGGUGGGGGUUGUGCUUACAGCCCAACACCGUGCAGGACGUUUGGCAUUUGCCAGAGAACACCAAGAUUGGCAAAUUCGCCACUGGCGCCCUGUGCUCUUCACAGAUGAAAGCAGGUUCACACUGAGCAUGUGACAGAUGUGACAGAGUCUGGAGACGCCGUGGAGAACGUUCUGUUGCUUGCAACAUCCUCCAGCAUGACCGGUUUGGCGGUGGGUCAGUCAUGGUGUGGGGUGGCAUUUCUUUGGGGGGCCGCACAGCCCUCCAUGUGCUCGCCAGAAGUAGCUUGUCUGCCAUUAGGUACCGAGAUGAGAUCCUCAGACCCCUUGAGACCAUAUGCUGGUGUGGUUGGCCCUGGGUUCCUCCUAAUGCAAGACAUUGCUAGACCUCAUGUGGCUGGAGUGUGUCAGCAGUUCCUGCAAGAGGAAGGCAUUGACGCUAUGGACUGGCCCUCCCGUUCCCCAGACCUGAAUACAAUUGAGCACAUCUGGGACAUCAUGUCUCGCUCCAUCCACCAACGCCACGUUGCACCACAGACUGUCCAGGAUUUGGCGGAUGCUUUAGUCCAGGUCUGGGAGGAGAUCCCUAAGGAGACCAUCCGCCACCUCAUCAGGAGCAUGCCCAGGCGUUGUAGGGAGGUCAUACAGGCACGUGGAGGCCACACACACUACUGAGCCUCAUUUUGACUUGUUUUAAGGACAUUACAUCAAAGUUGGAUCAGCAUGUAGUGUGGUUUUACACUUUAAUUUUGAGGGUGACUCCAAAUCCAGACCUCCAUGGGUUGAUAUUUGAUUUCCAUUGAUAAUUUUUACAUUUACAUUUACAUUUUACAUUUUAGUCAUUUAGCAGACGCUCUUAUCCAGAGCGACUUACAGUUAGUGAAUCCAUAUUUUUUUUAUACUGGCCCCCCGUGGGAAUUGAACCCACAACCCUGGCGUUGCAAACGCCAUGCUCUAUCAACUGAGCUACAUCCCUGCCGGCCAUUCCCUCCCCUACCCUGGACGACGCUGGGCCAAUUGUGUGCCGCCCAUGAGUCUCCCGGUCGCGGCCGGCUGCGACAAAGCCUGGAUUUUUGUGUGAUUUUGUUGUCAGCACAUUCAACUAUGUAUAGAAAAAAGUUUUUAAUAAGGUUAUUUCAUUCAUUCAGAUCUAGGAUGUGUUAUUUUAGUGUUCCCUUAAUUUUUUUGAGCAGUGUAUAUAAUAUGCGAUUUAGCAGACGCUUUUAUCCAAAGCGACUUAGUCAUGUGUGCAUACAUUUUUACGUAUGGGUGGUCCCGGGGAUGGAACCCAUUACCCUGCCGUUACAAGUGCCAUGCUCUACCAAUUCAGCUACAGAUUUUUAACAAGACAUUUGUGGUGGUUGAAAAACGAGAUUUUAAUGACUCCAACCUAAGUGGAUGUAAACUUCCGACUUCAACUGUGUGUGUAUGAUAUAUACAGUGGGGAGAACAAGUAUUUGAUACGCUGCCGAUUUAGCAGGUUUUCCUACUUACAAAGCAUGUAGAGGUCUGUAAUUUUUAUCAUAGGUACACUUCAACUGUGAGAGACGGAAUCUAAAACAAAAAUCCAGAAAAUCACAUUGUAUGAUUUUUAAGUAAUUAAUUUGCAUUUUAUUGCAUGACAUAAGUAUUUGAUACAUCAGAAAAGCAGAACUUAAUAUUUGGUACAGAAACCUUUUUUUUGCAAUUACAGAAAUCAUACGUUUCCUUUAGGUCUUGACCAGGUUUGCACACACUGCAGCAGGGAUUUUGGCCAUACUCCUCCAUACAGACCUUCUCCAGAUCCUUCAGGUUUCGGGGCUGACGCUGGGCAAUACGGACUUUCAGCUCCCUCCAAAGAUUUUCUAUUGUGUUCAGGUUUGGAGACUGGCUAGGCCACUCCAGGACCUUGAGAUGCUUCUUACGGAGCCACUCCUUAGUUGCCCUUAGUUGCCACGAUCUUCAAUGCUCUUACUGAGGGAAGAAGGUUGUUGGCCAAGAUCUCGCGAUACAUGGCUCCAUCCAUCCUCCCCUCAAUACGGUGCAGUCGUCCUGUCCCCUUUGCAGAAAAGAAUCCCCAAAGAAUAAUGUUUCCACCUCCAUGCUUCACGGUUGGGAUGGUGUUCUUGGGGUUGUACUCAUCCUUCUUCUUCCUCCAAACACGGCGAGUGGAGUUUAGACCAAAUGCUCUAUUUUUGUCUCAUGAGAGCACAUGACCUCUCCCAUUCCUUCUCUGGAUCAUCCAGAUGGUCAUUGGCAAACUUCAGCCGGGCCUGGACAUGCGCUGGCUUGAGCAGGGGGACCUUGCGUUCGCUGCAGGAUUUUAAUCCAUGACGGCGUAGUGUGUUACUAAUGGUUUUCUUUGAGACUGUGGUCCCAGCUCUCUUCAGGUCAUUGACCAGGUCCUGCCUUGUAGUUCUGGGCUGAUCCCUCACCUUCCUCAUGAUCAUUGAUGCCCCACGGGGUGAGAUCUUGCAUACCGGGGUGAGAGCCACAGACCGAGUGUGAUUGACUGUCAUCUUGAACUUCUUCCAUUUUCUAAUAAUUGCACCAACAGUUGUUGCCUUCUCACCAAGCUGCUUGCCUAUUGUCCUGUAGCCCAUCCCAGCCUUGUGCAGGUCUACAAUUUUAUCCCUGAUGUCCUUACAUAGCUCUCUGGUCUUGGCCAUUGUGGAGAGGUUGGAGUCUGUUUGAUUGAGUGUGUGGACAGGGUCUUAAAUACAGGUAACGAGUUCAAACAGGUGCAGUUAAUACAGGUAAUGAGUGGAGAACAGGAGGGCUUCUUAAAGAAAAACUAACAGGUCUGUGAGAGCCAUAAUUCUUACUGGUUGGUAGGUGAUCAAAUACUUAUGUCAUGCAAUAAAAUGCUAAUUAAUUACUUAAAAAUCAUACAAUGUGAUUUUCUCGAUUUUUGUUUUACAUUCUGUCUCUCACAGUUGAAGUGUACCUAUGAUAAAAAUUACAGACCUCUACAUGCUUUGUAAGUAGGAAAACCUGCAAAAUCGGCAGUGUAUCAAAUAGUUUUUCUCCCCACUGUGUGUGUGCAUGUGUGUGUGUAUAUAUAUGUAUGUAUAUACAUACAUACAUACAUACAUACAUACAUACAUACAUACAUACAUACAUACAUACAUACAUACAUACAUACAUACAUACAUACAUACAUACAUACAUACAUACAUACAUACAGUGGGGGAAAAAAGUAUUUAGUCAGCCACCAAUUGUGCAAGUUCUCCCACUUAAAAGAUAGCCUGUAAUUUUCAUCAUAGGUACACGUCAACUAUGACAGACAAUUUGAGAAAAAAAAAUCCAGAAAAUCACAUUGUAGGAUUUUUUAUGAAUUUAUUUGCAAAUUAUGGUGGAAAAUAAGUAUUUGGUCACCUACAAACAAGCAAGAUUUCUGGCUCUCACAGACCUGUAACUUCUUCUUUAAGAGGCUCCUCUAUCCUCCACUCAUUACCUGUAUUAAUGGCACCUGUUUGAACUUGUUAUCAGUAUAAAUGACACCUGUCCACAACCUCAAACAGUCACACUCCAAACUCCACUAUGGCCAAGACCAAAGAGCUGUCAAAGGACACCAGAAACAAAAUUGUAGACCUGAACCAGGCUGGGAAGACUGAAUCUGCAAUAGGUAAGCAGCUUGGUUUGAAGAAAUCAACUGUGGGAGCAAUUAUUAGGAAAUGGAAGACAUACAAGACCACUGAUAAUCUCCCUCGAUCUGGGGCUCCACGCAAGAUCUCACCCCGUGGGGUCAAAAUGAUCACAAGAACGGUGAGCAAAAAUCCCAGAACCACACGGGGGGACCUAGUGAAUGACCUGCAGAGAGCUCGGACCAAAGUAACAAAGCCUACCAUCAGUAACACACUACGCCGCCAGGGACUCAAAUCCUGCAGUGCAAGACGUGUCCCCCUGCUUAAGCCAGUACAUGUCCAGGCCCGUCUGAAGUUUGCUAGAGUGCAUUUGGAUGAUCCAGAAGAGGAUUGGGAGAAUGUCAUAUGGUCAGAUGAAACCAAAAUAUAACUUUUUGGUAAAAACUCAAAUCGUCGUGUUUGGAGGACAAAGAAUGCUGAGUUGCAUCCAAAGAACACCAUACCUACUGUGAAGCAUGGGGGUUGAAACAUCAUGCUUUGGGGCUGUUUUUCUGCAAAGGGACCAGGACGACUGAUCCGUGUAAAGAAAAGAAUGAAUUGGGCCAUGUAUCGUGAGAUUUUUAGUGAAAACCUCCUUCCAUCAGCAAGGGCAUUGAAGAUGAAACGUGGCUGGGUCUUUCAGCAUGACAAUGAUCCCAAACACACCGCCCGGGCAACGAAGGAGUGGCUUCGUAAGAAGCAUUUCAAGGUCCUGGAGUGGCCUAGCCAGUCUCCAGAUCUCAACCCCAUAGAAAAUCUUUGGAGGGAGUUGAAAGUCCGUGUUGCCCAGCGACAGCCUCAAAACAUCACUGCUCUAGAGGAGAUCUGCAUGGAGGAAUGGGCCAAAAUACCAGCAACAGUGUGUGAAAACCUUGUGAAGACUUACAGAAAACGUUUGACCUGUGUCAUUGCCAACAAAGGGUAUAUAACAAAGUAUUGAGAAACUUUUGUUAUUGACCAAAUAUUUAUUUUCCACCAUAAUUUGCAAAUAAAUUCAUUAAAAAUCCUACAAUGUGAUUUUCUGGAUUUUUUUUUCUCAUUUUGUCUGUCAUAAUUGACGUGUACCUAUGAUGAAAAUUACAGGCUUCUCUCAUCUUUUUAAGUGGGAGAACUUGCACAAUUGGUGGCUGACUAAAUACUUUUUUCCCCCACUGUAUACAUAAUGAAUGAUUCAUAAAGCCAGGCACAUUUAACAGUUAGGCUAUUGAUUAUAGACCUAAUUAAGUUGGUUUCGUCUCUCCUCAUUUUUCUUAGACAAUUAAGGCUGUUUUCUUGUCUCCUAACUGUGCUACAGCCUCCGUCGCAUUGUUCUCAACACCAAUAUGCUGUUUAACUUUGGUAUUAUGCACAUAGUAACAUGGUCUAGGAAAAGGCGCCAGUUCAACAGUGCACUGAUAUGUUUCAGAACCGCGGACAGUGACCACUAUCCAAUGCCAGAGAAAGCACAUUUUGUUAUAAAAUAUUUGUAUUUGUGUUAAUUGUUCUUACAUAAUAUAAACCAUAUACAAUUUCAGAAGCACAUGUCUUAGACUGAUAUACUGUGCCAUCCCCACAGCCUCCACAAUGGAUCAGUCCAUUCAGACAUGCGCAAAUCAGACCGGUGUCUUGUACACCAUGAUUUAUUUUAUUUAUUUUUUGCUACUGCUCGUCUAAUGUAAUCUCGGUCGACCAACAGCAACAAACAGCAACAAUCGACCAGUGUACUAAAUGGAGUCAGCCCUACUAGAGACAUUAGCAGAAUCUUUUUUUUUUUUUUAAACGACAAAUUACAGGGUAGCCUACUCUGCUGACACUGACAAACAGAGCAAUAAAAAUGAUGUUGUCCAUAUAAUGGGCCUAAGAGAUGGGGAGACACAAAUAGAAUAUGAGGUCCAUCUAAACUGGAGGAGAAAAGUAUUGUCCAAAAACAAACUUUUAACUGGCACUGACCCAACCAUGAUGGAGGGAAUAUGUGCAGUGUGGAGAAAUGGCUGAUGCUCUCCGCUGGUGCUAAUAAGAUAGGCAAUAGGCCUGCUGUUGUUGGCUCAAUUAAGUUGAGGAUUUUGAUAAUAAGAUUAUUUUCAUUGUCUUGUCUUUACAGCAAUAGCCAUUUGCUUUCCAAACUAUGUUUUCCCGCCAUUUAAUUUUGAAAUAUUGCGAUAUGCCUGGCUGGGCCUCUACUUGUCACUGACCGCCGCAACUCAACAGUCAUCUAUUUGGUUUUUGCAGCACUCGCUGUCCAAAUUGCGCGCUCUUGCCUUUCCUUCCGACUGUAGGCAAUGCGAUUCAAAACAGUCCACAACUUUAAGGCUAGGGGAAGCUAAUGAUCCUCUGUGGCCAAAUCCUGCUUUAGUAGCCUAUUUGGAAUCAUUUUAUUUAUUUCUGGAUAGACCGUAGGCUAAUUGGGCUAUAUAAUUUUGGCAGCUUAAUUCAAUUUACUUCCCCUAGCGUUAUUGACCCGCAGCCUAUGAGCCUAUGUCAAUCUACUAUCCCCCAUAGUAGAAAUGUUUACCUAUUGUAGUUCAUACAACCAGUAGGCUUAGGCUACAUAAACUCAGCAUAAAAAGAAACAUCCUCUCACUGUCAACUGCGUUUAUUUUCAGCAAACUUAAUGUGUAAAUAUUUGUAUGAACCUAAGAUUGAACAACUGAGACAUAAACUGAACAAGUUCCACAGACGUGUGACUAACAGAAAUUGAAUGUGUUCCUGAACAAAGGGGGGGGGGGGGGGGGGGUCAAAAUCAAAAUUACAGUCAGUAUCUGGUGUGGCCACCAGCUGCAUUAAGUACUGCAGUGAAUCUCCUCCUCAUGGACUGCACCAGAUUUGCCAUUUCUUGCUGUGAGAUGUUACCCAACUCUUCCACUAAGGCACCUGCAAGUUCCCGGUCAUUUCUGGGGGGAAUGGCCCUAGCCCUCACCCUCCGAUCCAGCAGGUCCCAGACGUGCUCAAUGGGAUUGAGAUCCGGGCUCUUCGCUGGCCAUGGCAGAACACUGACAUUCCUGGCUUGCAGGAAAUCACGCACAGAACGAGCAGUAUGGCUGGUAGCAUUAUCAUGCUGGAGGGUCAUGUCAGGAUGAGUCUGCAGGAAGGGUACCACAUGAGGGAGGAGGAUGUCUUCCCUGUAACGCACAGCGUUGAGAUUGCCUGCAAUGACAACAAGCUCAGUCCGAUGAUGCUGUGACACACCGCCCCAGACCAUGACGGACUCUCCACCUCCAAAUCGAUCCCGCUCCAGAGUACAGGCCUCGGUGUAAUGCUCAUUCCUUCGACGAUAAACGCGAAUCCGACCAUCACCCCUGGUGAGACAAAAGAGCACUUUUUGCCAGUCCUGUCUGGUUCAGCGACGGUGGGUUUGUGCCCAUAGGUGACGUUGUUGUCGGUGAUGUCUGGUCAGGACCUGCCUUACAACAGGCCUACAAGCCCUGGGUCCAGCCUCUCUCAGACUAUUGCUGACAGUCUGAGCACUGAUGGAGGGAUUGUGCGUUCCUGGUGUAACUCGGGCAGUUGUUGCCAUCCUGUACCUGUCCCGCAGGUGUGAUGUUCGGAUGUACCAAUCCUGUGCAGGUGUUGUUACACGUGGUCUUCCACUGCGAGGACGAUCAGCUGUCCGUCCUGUCUCCCUGUAGCGCUGUCUUAGUCGUCUCACAGUUCGGACAUUGCAAUUUUUUGCCCUGGCCACAUCUGCAGUCCUCAUGCCUCCCAAGGCACGUUCACGCAGAUGAGCAGGGACCCUGGGCAUCUUUCUUUUGGUGUUUUUCAGAGUCAGUAGAAAGGCCUCUUUAGUGUCCUAAGUUUUCAUAACUGUGACCUUAAUUGCCUACCCUGUAAGCUGUUAGUAUCUUAACGACUGUUCCACAGGUGCAUGUUCAUUAAUUGUUUAUGGUUUGUUGAACAAGUAUGGGAAACAGUGUUUAAACCCUUUACUAUGAAGAUAUGUGAAGUUAAUUCGUAAAAAUCAAAAUAUAUUUGAAAGACAGGGUCCUGAAAAAGGGACGUUUCUUUUUUUGCUGAGUUUAUUUGUUCAACAUUUUUUUUAAAGCAAUGAAUCAGAUUCAACAGAUCAGUAUGUUUAGCUUAAGAUAUUUCUUAACAUACAGCAAUGUGCACAAGGCAGUAGGCUAUUUGUGAAUGUGCAUUUGGCUUCCGGACAAUGAAAGAAAGUUGAAUGAAAGUUGAAAACCAAUAGAAUGAGCAAAAUCGGUUACUGGUUUCAAUGGCAUAUGGAAGUCUUUAUAAAAUAAUUUCCUCCACGUAUAUGGUUGAAUUUUGGCUAGGCUAAUUUGAAACAAGGUAAAACAUGCCUCAUAUGUUGUAACACGUUCAGGUUUCAAACAAUUAAGUAGCUAUAUGUAUUUCCAUCAACUGGUAUUUCCAUCAAUGAAUAGGAUAAAAAGCAUUAUUUCGCAAUGGGAAUUUUUUUUUUCUAUUGGAAAAUUGGCCGGUGCCAAUUUUAUUCAUCGUUUUUUCAUUAUUAUUUUUUAUAGCCAAAAGCCGGCUAUUUACGGCUAAAUUAAACCCUGUUAUCUAUGUGCAGUAGCUAAUGCUUGAAAUGAAGGCACUUAGUGUAAACUCACUCUCUUUCCCUCUCUCGCUGGUAGAAGCGUCGCUCGGGGCGACAGGUGAAGCGCAGGAAGUACAACGAGGACCUGGACUUCAAGGUGGUGGAUGACGACGGGGAGACCAUUGCCGUGCUGGGGACGGGCCGUAUCCCUGCCCUCAACGCUGCCACUCUCGCCUGGCAGGCUGAGGUAACCAUCUCAUUCUUUGUCUUUGGCCAUGUCCGAAUAUUCAUACUAACGUCCUAA